GUCAGCUAGUCGCUACUCAUCUCCUGUAGCUCUCUUCUUCUCUCUCACCCUCAAGCCCCCCCAAACUCCUCUUCUUAGGGUUUCUCUCUUUCUUUCUCCAGUCUCUGUGAUUCGAUUGACAUGGCGGGAAUCAGGUUGCCGCCCGAUGACUCUGACGUCUCGCAGGCAGCGCGGCAGGUAUCUGCCGUCGAUCUGAUCUCGGAUGAUGACCGCUCCGUGGCCGCAGACUCGUGGUCCAUCAAGAGCGAUUAUGGCAGCACUCUCGAUGACGAGCAGCGUCACGCUGACGCAGCGGAAGCGCUCUCCGCAGCCACUUAUCGUGCCGCCUCUGACUAUAGUUCUGAUAAAGAGGAGCCGGAUGCGGAGGCAGUUUCAUCGAUGCUGGGUUUCCAGAGUUAUUGGGAUGCUGCAUAUGCAGAUGAAUUGACGAAUUUUCGGGAACAUGGCCAUGCUGGUGAAGUUUGGUUUGGAGCUGAUGUGAUGGAAAAUGUCGCCACCUGGACCAAAAAUUUAUGCCUUGAAAUUCCUCAACGCCAAUUGCCAAAUCAUGUAGAUAACACAAAUUCUUUGCCUGGUGGGCAGCCUGAAAAAGACUUGUCUGGCUGGAGUGUUUUGGAUGUUGGGACUGGUAACGGUUUGCUUCUUCAGGAGCUCGCUAAGCAAGGGUUCUCAGAUCUCACAGGAACUGAUUACAGUGAGGGAGCAAUUGACUUAGCGCGAAGCCUUGCUGAUCGUGAUGGAUUCUCGAAUAUUAAAUUCCUUGUAUGUUCUCAGGUUGAUGAUGUUCUUGACACAAAAUUAGAUCGGAAGUUUCAGCUUGUCACAGAUAAGGGGACACUGGAUGCAAUUGGAUUGCAUCCUGAUGGUCCUGUCAAAAGGAUGAUGUAUUGGGACUCUAUAUCAGGACUUGUUGCUUCUGGUGGCUUAUUGGUUAUCACAUCGUGCAACAGUACAAAAGAUGAACUCAUACAAGAGGUGGAGACUUUCAAUCAAAGGAGAACUGGCGCCUCUCAAGAACCAGAUACCACCGCUCACCAAAAUGCCACCAGAGAUAUCACAUUCCAAUACGUCGACCACAUACGCACAUAUCCAACCUUUAUGUUUGGAGGAGCAGUUGGAUCACGUGUUGCAACAGUGGCAUUUCUCAGAAAGUGAUUUUACCUGAUAGUGUUUGAAAGACAUUAUGCCGUUCUUGAAUGAUUGUGGAAUUUGUUAACUUACAUUUCGCAUUAAUUUGAUGAAUUUGCAAACUACUGAUCUUUGAAAUGUUCUUUUUUACUUCUCUCUUACGGGGAUAAUUGGUUCGAUCUUUUAGUGAUGUGGCAGGCAGUUGAAAGUUUCUGUA